AGACUGGGGGAUGUUAUACUGCCCUGGAUACAAAUCAUCAUUGUAGGAAUAUUGACCAAACAAAUUUGUUGAAUCUCAACGGCAAAGAUUGCAUCAUCUUUCGGACUGUAAAACUUUGUUAAAGUUUUCGUCCACAUGUUUCAGUGCUUGUUUUACCAGAGAGUGUCUGAAGACUCAAGGAACUAGUAAUGGACCAGAACCUGUUUGGAGGGGCCCCCAGGUUUCUCACGCGGCCCAAGGCUUUCGCAGUGUGCGUGGGAAAGGAUGCCACCUUGAGCUGCACCAUCGUGGGCAACCCCACCCCACUGAUUACCUGGGAAAAGGAGAAGCUACGUCUGACCUCUGGGGGCCGCUUCAAGAUGGUGGAUGAUGGUGACGUCUACCGCCUCACCAUCUACGAUCUAACCCUGGAGGACAGCGGCCAGUACAUGUGCCGGGCCAAAAACAAUGUUGGGGAAGCAUAUGCAUGCGUAACCCUUCACGUAGGCCUUCCACAGGAGAUGGUGGAGAGGGCCCCCGUCUUCAUGGUCAAGCCUACCUCCGUACGCGUAGGCCUGGGGGGCGAUGUGGUCUUCCACUGCCGGGUUGCGGCUUACCCAGAGCCCAAAUUUGACUGGGAGAAGGACGGGCGUUACCUGGCCGAGACGAACCGCAUCAAGGUGACAUCGGACAGUGACAGCAGCUCUCUGAGGAUCCAGAGCGUGCGCAGUCUGGACAGCGGCACAUACACUUGCCGCGCCCAGAAUUCGGUAGGCCGCUCUAACUCCGCAGCCACCUUGGUUGUAGACACCCAGGACUCCCAUCACCUGGGCAAGGACAAGAGCACCUCCCUCCUCUCCCAUCUGCAGAAGCGUAAAGAAGGGAUCUCUAUCUACUGCACCGCCGAGACCAGCAGCUCCACUUACAACUCCACCACCACCUCCUCGACCGCCACCACUAUGGUCACAGACGGGCUGAGCCUUCUGGGUCUAGACCACAGCAGCGCAGCACUGGUCAGUCAUCUGCCCAAAGGCGUCUUCACCCGCACCUGCACAGUGACUGAAGGCAAGCACGCCAAACUCAGCUGCUUCGUGACAGGCCACCCCAAGCCUCACAUCAUCUGGAGGAAGGAUGGGGGGAACAUUGGCGAGGGACGCAGACAGAUCAUGUAUGAGGACCAGGCCGAGAACUUCAUCCUCAAGAUCCUGUACUGCAAACAGAGGGACAAUGGUCUGUAUACCUGUAACGCCUCCAAUAUGGCUGGACACACCUACAGUGCCGUGCUGGUGAUAGUUAAAGAGCCCAAGGUGCCGUUCAGGAGGAAGCUGCAGGAUGUGGAGGUCCAGGAGAAGAUGACGGCCACGCUGCUGUGUGAGGUGCCCAUCUCCACAACCCAGGCCAGCUGGUUCAUGGAGGAGACGCGAUUGGAGGACUGUUCCAAGUACCGAAUGGAGGAGGAGGGCACCAUGCGGCGCCUCACCAUCCACAACGUCACCACCAAUGAUGAUGCCGUCUACAUCUGCGAGAUGAAGGAGGGGAGCCGCACCGUGGCCGAGCUCACUGUGCUGGGCAACAUCACUAAGAAGCUGCCCAGGAGGACUGUAGUGCCAGUGAGUGAUACAGUGAUCUUCUGCGUUGAGCUGGAGCACCCCUGUUCUGACGCCUACUGGACACGCAAUGCCGAGCGUCUGAAGCCGGACACACGCAUAAUAAUUGCGUGCACCCUCAGGCAGUACACUUUAACCAUCAGCCACUGCCAAGCUGACGACUCAGGAGAGGUGGCCUUCAUGGCUGGAGACUGCAAGACCUCCACAAGAUUCUCUGUCACAGCUGCCAGAAAGCAUCCUCCUGAUCCCCCCAUCGAUGUGGUGGUGCGCAACAAGACAGACUCAUCCAUCACCCUCCACUGGUCCCCCCCAGACAGUGACCGCCCUGUGCCCAUCAAGGGGUACAUGGUAGAGAGGAGGAAGGUGGGUGCCCAGACCUGGCAGAGGUGCAGUGGCAUGGAGAUCAGCCCCUUUACUGAGAUCACGAUCCAGAACUUCACAGAGGAGGCCAGCUACCAGUUCCGCAUUUCUGCAGUCAACAACUAUGGCCAGAGCCAAUACCUGGAGGUGCCCGGGACCUUCUACCUUGAGCCCAGUGCAGAGGUGAAAACAGGCCUGAUGAACAGCACAGCCAUCUCAGGUGAGGAGGCCUCACUCUCCGUGGAUCUGUCUGCCGUGUGCUCUGGCUUCUGGUCUAUCAACGGACGCCUCCUGCGUAGUGGUGGUGACUACCUCAUCACCCGCCAAAAGACCAUGCACACGCUGAUGAUCCGGACGGUCUUGAUGGAGAUGAACGGAGCCGUGGUCAAAUUUGUGGGCGGUGGCUCGGAGAGCACUUGUAUACUCAAAGUGAAGGCUCCACCUAUCCGGUUUACCAGUAAGUCUGCUCACACUGAGGUGGUGACCUGCAGCGCCCAGUCCUCCGUCCAGCUGACCACAGAGGUGUCUGAUUACCAUGCCCAGGUGGUCUGGAUGAAGAAUGGACGGGAGCUGAAGAUGGGCAAGAAGUAUGAGUGCAUAACCACUGACCACAAGAGGAUCCUGAUGGUGCACAAUGUCACUGAAGAGGACACGGGAAUCUAUGAGUGUGUCCUAAACGAAGACAGAAUGUCCCUGAAGCUUUCUCUAAAAGAUGAAGCAAAAUUCCUGAACAAGCCUAGGGGUCCCAUGGGGGUGGCACCUGCCCUCAGUGGGCACCUUGAGUUGAACUGUGAGGUAUCGUCUGCCAGCGGGGUGGUGGUGUGGAGGAAGGAUCAGACAGUGGUCAUUGAGGACCAAAGAACUACCAUUAUCUCCAAAGGGACACAGAGGAGACUGGUCAUCAAGAACGCCAAGAAAAGUGACGAGGGACACUACUCCUGCGAGACAGCGGAAGACAAAGUCACAUUCCAGGUCAAGAUAAAAGAAGUUCAACAGGCUGCCUUCACCAACAAGGACUCUGUACAGAAGGAAGUGAGAGCUACUCUCUCCCAGAAAGCCACUCUGAGCUGUGAGGUUGCAGAUACCAAGAUAGAGGUGAAAUGGUACAAGGACGGCAAACAGAUCAUUGCAAGUAAAACUGUCUCCAUGGAGACAAAGGGCAAGAGUCGUCUGUUGGUAGUAGACAAAAUGGAGAAAAAGGAUGCUGGAGAGUACACCUGUGAAGCUAGAGCAGAGAAGCUGGUCUUUAAAAUACAUGUGUCAGAAGCCCAACAGGCUGCCUUCACCAACAAGGACUCUGUACAGAAGGAGGUGAAAGCUACUCUCUCCCAGAAAGCCACUCUGAGCUGUGAUGUGUCAGAUUCCAAGACUGAGGUGAAAUGGUACAAGGAUGGCAAACUGCUGACUUCCAGUAAGACAGUCUCCAUGGAGACAAAGGGCAAGAAUCGUCAGCUGGUGAUAGAGAAGGUGGAGAAGAAGGAUGCUGGAGAGUACACCUGUGAGGUUGGAGCAGAGAAACUGGUCUAUGAGAUAAAGGUGACAGAGGCCCAGGCUGCCUUCUCCAAUAAGGACUCUGUACAGAGAGAGGUGAGAGCUGCUCUCUCCCAGAAAGCCACUCUGAGCUGUGAGGUGUCUGAUACCAAGACUGAGGUGAAAUGGUACAAGGAUGGCAAACUUCUGACUUCCAGUAAGACAGUCUCCAUGGAGACAAAGGGCAAGACUCGUCAGCUGGUGAUAGAGAAGGUGGAGAAGAAGGAUGCUGGAGAGUACAUCUGUGAGGUUGGAGCAGAGAAACUGGUCUUUAAGAUACAUGUGACAGAAGCACAUCAGGCUGCCUUCACCAAUAAGGACUCUAUACAGAAAGAGGUGAAAGCUACUCUCUCCCAGAAAGCCACUCUGAGCUGUGAUGUGUCAGAUACCAAGACAGAGGUGAAAUGGUACAAGGAUGGCAAACUGCUGACUUCCAGUAAGACAGUCUCCAUGGAGACAAAGGGCAAGACUCGUCAGCUGGUGAUAGAGAAGGUGGAGAAGAAGGAUGCUGGACAGUACACCUGUGAGGUUGGAGCAGAGAAACUGGUCUAUAAGAUGCAGGUGACAGAAACUCAAGCAGCUUUCACCAAUAAGGACUCUGUACAGAAGGAGGUGAAAGCUACUCUCUCCCAGAAAGCCACUCUGAGCUGUGAGGUAUCUGACACCAAGACUGAGGUGAAAUGGUACAAGGAUGGCAAACUGCUGACUUCCAGUAAGACAGUCUCCAUGGAGACAAAGGGCAAGACUCGUCAGCUGGUGAUAGAGAAGGUGGAGAAGAAGGAUGCUGGACAGUACACAUGUGAGGUUGGAGCAGAGAAGCUGGUCUUUAAGCUACAGGUGACAGAGGCCCAGGCUGCUUUCACCAACAAGGAGUCUGUACAGAAGGAGGUGAAAGCUACUCUCUCCCAGAAAGCCACUCUGAGCUGUGAUGUGUCAGAUACCAAGACUGAGGUGAAAUGGUACAAGGAUGGCAAACUGCUGACUUCCAGUAAGACAGUCUCCAUGGAGACAAAGGGCAAGACUCGUCAGCUGGUGAUAGAGAAGGUGGAGAAGAAGGAUGCUGGACAGUACACCUGUGAGGUUGGAGCAGAGAAACUGGUCUUUAAGAUACAGGUGACAGAGACUCAAGCAGCUUUCACCAACAAGGAGUCUGUAAAGAAGGAGGUGAAAGCUACUCUCUCCCAGAAAGCCACUCUGAGCUGUGAUGUGUCAGAUACCAAGACUGAGGUGAAAUGGUACAAGGAUGGCAAACUGCUGACUUCCAGUAAGACAGUCUCCAUGGAGACAAAGGGCAAGACUCGUCAGCUGGUGAUAGAGAAGGUGGAGAAGAAGGAUGCUGCAGAGUACACCUGUGAGGUUGGAGCAGAGAAGCUGGCCUUUAAGAUACAGGUGACAGAAUCCUCUGCCAAGUUUAAGAAGACUGCCGUGAAGGAUAUAUGCAGUGUUCAAGCAAGUGAGAAGAUUGUUUUGACCACUGAGCUGACUUCGGAGAGUGCCAGUGUUAAGUGGUUCAGGGAUGGAGUAGAGUUGAAGGAAGGCACUAAAUAUGAGAUGAAGAGAGAGGGACAUUCUCGUACCCUGAUUGUGAAGUCCACCGAAGUCAAAGACAGUGGCACCUACUCUUGCCACACUGAUGAUGACAAGCUUGAGUUCAAAGUUCAAGUCAAACAUACACCGCUGAAGUUUGUGGUGCAGUUGCAGCCUGUAGCCACAGAGCUGGGUGUUACACUGACCCUGACCUGUGAACUGAACCAAGCCUCAGGGGACGUACUCUGGCGCCACAACAGUCGUGAGGUCAAACCCGGUGGCAGGUUCUGUGUCAGCGCUGACAGUGCCAAGCGGGUCCUUACCAUAACAGGAAUGACCAAAGAGGAUGAGGGAGAGUACAUCUGUGAAUGCAAAGAUGAUAAGACCUCUGCCAAGGUCUCCACCAAUGCCCCCAGACUGGUGAAUCUGACUUCCAAGCUGGUCAGCAUCGUUGCAGUGGAAGGGAAAGAUGUCAUCUUAAAGUGUAGUGUCACCCCAGCAGACGUCAAAGUAAAAUGGUUCCACAACAACGUGCCAAUCACUGCUGGGCCCAAGUAUAAGAUUGAGCACAGGGCCACCAGCCACUCCCUCGCCAUCACGUCAGUCAGUCAGGAGGAUGCUGGGGAGAUCAGCAUGGCAGCUGAGGGCAAAACCUGCAGCGCUACCCUCCAAGUGCAUCUGGAGCCGGUGAUGUUCAAGAAAAAGCUGCAGAACGUGACGACGGUAGAGGAUCAGAAGAGAGUGAAGCUGGAGGUGGAGCUUAGUAGACCCUCUAAAGAGGUCAGGUGGAUGAAGAACAGCGUGGUGCUGCAGCCCGGAGGCAACAUGGACAUCAGGGUGGACGGGGCCAAGCAGACCCUGGUCUUCAAGAGUGUCACUACCGCUGACCGCGGCUACUACUCCUGUGAAACUCUGGAUGACAAGACCCAGGCCAAACUCACGGUGGAUGUGCAGAAGAUUGAGCUGGUGAAGGGCCUGCUGGCCGAGGUCAAGGCCAAUGAGAAGGAGACAGUGACCCUGGAGGUGGAGCUCAGUCAAGCUGACGUGGAGGGUUCCUGGACCAGGAGCGGAGCCAAGCUCAAGGCAGGGUCCAACUGUCGCAUCACGGCCCUUGGAAAGAAGCAUGCCCUUACACUGUCCCAACUCAAGAUGGAGGACGCAGGAACGAUUGUCUUCCAAGCGGAAGGGGUCAAGUCUUCUGGCAAGCUCAUUGUUGCAGAACCUGCUGCCAUGAUCUCUAGGCCCAUGGAGGAUGUCAAAGCUCCAGAGAAGGAGAAGGCAACACUUGAGUGUGAGGUGUCCAGAACCAAUUCUGAGGUCAAGUGGUUCAAGGGUGAUACGGAACUAAAACCAGGAAAGAACUUUGGCAUCCACUCCCAGGGUCGCACACGUAGCCUCCUCAUCCAUAAAUGUUCCAAAGAGGAUGAGGGCACAUACGUUUGUCGAACGUCUGACGACAAUACAUCAGCCAAACUCACUGUACAUGCCCGAGACAUUAAGAUAGUGAAGAAGCUGGAGGAUGUGGAGGUGAUGGAGAAGGAGAGUGCAUCAUUCAUGUGUGAGAUCUCUCACGAUGAAGUGGCCUGCCAGUGGUUCAAAGGUGACACCAAACUCAAAGUCGGUGACAACAUCAAGAUGAGACAAGAGGGUAAAAUCUAUGUGCUGCUGAUUAAAUCGGUGACACCAGAAGACGUGGCGGAGAUUAAAUUCACAGCUGAAAAGGCCUCUUCAACGGCCAAACUGACAGUGAAAGGCAAAGCCCAAUCUGUGUCACGGGAGCUGCAGAGCGUCAGCGUUGUCUCAGGGGAGGAUGCUGUGUUUACCUGUGAGGUCACACAGACCAGCACCUCCGUCCAGUGGGCCAAGGAUGGGAAGGACAUCAGGAAGAGUGAGAAGUAUAACAUCAGCAAAGAGGAGAGGGUCAUGAAGUUGACCAUCCGCAGCGUCACUGUCCAGGACUCUGGAGAAUAUAGUUGUGAGGUCAUCGGAGGAGACACUACCAAGGCCAAGCUGGUGAUCAAAGAGCCAGUCCACAAGUUCACCAAGGAGCUGAAGGACAGUGAGGCGGAAGAAAAGGGUUCAGUGACCCUACAGUGUGAGACGGCCCAGCCUGCCUCCAAGGCCACCUGGUCCAAGGGAGGCAUAGAGCUGAAGGCCGGGGGACGCUGCGAGAUGACCCAAAAGGAGACCGUUCUCACACUUACCAUUAAACAGCUGGAGGAGAAAGACAGCGGAACUUACACCUGUGACGUGGGCACCGCCAAGAUGACGGCUAAGGUGACAGUCAAAGCCCAACCUGUUACAUUCAAACACAAACUGGCGAGCCAGGAGGCUGAGGAAGGGGGCAGUGUUACCCUGCACUGUGAGCUCUCUAAACCUGGAGUCCAUGUAGAAUGGAGGAAGGGAACACAAGUGCUGAAGUCUGGAGAAAAGUACCAGAUGAAGCAGAAAGAAUCUGUGAGUGAGCUCCUGAUCAGCAAAGUAGUACCCGAGGACAGUGGAGACUACAGCUGUGUGUGUGGAGAACAGAAGACUACAGCCAGUCUCAAGAUUAAGGCCCAACCUGUUACAUUCAAACACAAACUGGCGAGCCAGGAGGCUGAGGAAGGGGGCAGUGUUACCCUGCACUGUGAGCUCUCUAAACCUGGAGUCCAUGUAGAAUGGAGGAAGGGAACACAAGUGCUGAAGUCUGGAGAAAAGUACCAGAUGAAGCAGAAAGAAUCUGUGAGUGAGCUCCUGAUCAGCAAAGUAGUACCCGAGGACAGUGGAGACUACAGCUGUGUGUGUGGAGAACAGAAGACUACAGCCAGUCUCAAGAUUAAGGCCCAACCUGUUACAUUCAAACACAAACUGGCGAGCCAGGAGGCUGAGGAAGGGGGCAGUGUUACCCUGCACUGUGAGCUCUCUAAACCUGGAGUCCAUGUAGAAUGGAGGAAGGGAACACAAGUGCUGAAGUCUGGAGAAAAGUACCAGAUGAAGCAGAAAGAAUCUGUGAGUGAGCUCCUGAUCAGCAAAGUAGUACCCGAGGACAGUGGAGACUACAGCUGUGUGUGUGGAGAACAGAAGACUACAGCCAGUCUCAAGAUUAAGGCCCAACCUGUGACCUUCAAAUAUAAACUGCAGAGGCAGGAGGCUGAGGAAGGGGGCAGUGUUACCCUGCACUGUGAGCUCUCUAAACCUGGAGUCCAUGUAGAAUGGAGGAAGGGAACACAGGUGCUGAAGUCUGGAGAAAAGUACCAGAUGAAGCAGAAAGAAUCUGUGAGUGAGCUCCUGAUCAGCAAAGUAGUACCCGAGGACAGUGGAGACUACAGCUGUGUGUGUGGAGAACAGAAGACUACAGCCAGUCUCAAGAUUAAGGCUCUUCCAGCCACAUUCAAACACAAUCUUGAGAGCCAGGAGGUUGAGGAGGGGGGCAGUGUUACCCUGCACUGUGAGCUCUCUAAACCUGGGCUCCCUGUAGAAUGGAAGAAGGGAACACAGGUUAUAAAGUCUGGAGAAAAGUACCAGAUGAAGCAGGAAGAUUGCAGUGUGAAACUGCAAAUCUGUGAUUUGAAACCUGAAGACACAGGAAACUACCACUGCAGCACUGGAGACCUAGAGAGCUCAGCAUACCUGAAAGUCAAUGCUCUCCCAGUCAUAUUCACCAAAGAUCUGCAGAGCCAGGAGGCUGAGGAAGGGGGCAGUGUUACCCUGCACUGUGAGCUCUCUAAACCUGGAGUCCCUGUAGAAUGGACGAAGGGGGAGGUGGGUCUCUGCCCCUGUGCCAAGUAUGAAAUCGUCCAGGAAGGACACAGCGCCAGACUAGUCAUCCACAGCUUAGACCCUGAAGACUCAGGCAGCUAUACUUGUGACAGUGGCGACCGGAAAACCACAGCAAACCUUUCUGUGAAGGCCCUGCCUGUUUACUUCAAAACCCGACUACAGAAUCUAGAGUGGGACGCAGGUGAGAUCGCCAUCCUCCGCUGUGAGAUCACAAAUCCUGGGGCCAGCGUUGUUUGGAGCCGGGGCGACAGGGUCCUGGAGUCUAACAACAAGUAUCAGCUGAAACAGGAAGGUGCCAUAGUGAAGCUUAUCAUCUAUAACCUACAAGGGGCUGACUCUGGGGAGUAUAUCUGUGACACGGGUUACCAGAAGACCUCAUCCAUGCUCACUGUACAGGAGCUGGAGGUGACCAUAGUGAAGGUCUUGAACAGCUGCUCGGUGCGCGAGGGGGAGGACGUUCACUUUGAGUGCCAUCUGUCCCACGAGGAUGCCAAGGAGGUCCAGUGGAAGCUUGCGGAUGUCCCUCUGCAGAACAAUGAAAUGAAUCUGAUCCGCAGCCAAGGCAAGGUGCACAGCCUCACCCUCAGGGGGGUCACCCAGGCCGACUCGGCCACAGUCGCUUUCACCGUGGGCCACCAUACCUCCACCGCCAGCCUGACCGUCGGAGGGGCCCCUGUGGUGUUCAAGAAGGAGCUGGAGAGCCAGGAAGCAGUUGAGGGGGGCAGUGUCUCCCUGACCUGUGAGAUCAGUGUUGAGGGCAAGGUGACAUGGAGAAGGGGCUCCGUGCUCCUCAACCAGGGGGAGAAGUAUUCCAUGGAGCACACAGGUUCUACCUACAUCCUGAUGGUUCACAAGCUGAAGGUCGAGGAUGCUGGAGAGUACACCUGCGAUACUGGGGAUAAGCAGAGCACGGCCACCCUGAAAGUCAAAGAGUCUGUACGCAUCACUCGGGAGCUGCACGACAUCACAGUGACCACCGGGCAGGAUGCUGUCUUUGCGUGUGAGUUGUCCCAGGAGGGCGUAACCAAUGGAGAGUGGUGGCUAGGGGAUAACCUCCUCCAAAACAACGACCUGAACCAGAUGACCUUCCAGGGCCGGGUGCACCGGCUGACACUGCAGAUGGUCACCACUGAUGAGUCAGGGGACGUGGCGUUUGUGGUGGGCGAAGAGAAGACCGUCGCAUGCCUACUGGUGGAAGAGAAGCCCAAAGUCUUAAUCCUAGAGAAGCCUCAUGACACAGUGGCCUUGGAGGGUGAGACAGUCACCCUGUCCUGCACCGUCUCCGACCCCACGGCCACUAUCAACUGGAGCAGGAAUGAUGUUGACAUCAAAGCAGGCCUCAAAUACGACCUGCGGAAGAAUGGAGCUCUCAUGCAGCUCCGUAUCCACAACCUGGAGAUGGAGGACUCUGGAACUUACUGCUGCGAUACCGGGGAUGCACAGUGCACCGUCACAUUGACUGUGGAAGGUGCCCCAGCAUUCUUCCAGAAGGAGCUGAAGAACAAGGAAGCCAAGGAAGGCGAUGAUAUCACUAUGCGCUGUGAGCUCUCCAAGGUGUGCACUCAAGUGGAGUGGAGGAAGGGAGGCAUGGUCCUCCAGGCUGGUAAGAAGUAUGAGAUGAGGCAGGAGGGCUGCGUUCAGGAGCUCUGCAUUCGUAACCUGGAGCCAGAGGACAACGGCUACUACACCUGCGAUGCUGGAGACCAGCUCACCACGGCGUCGGUGGCAGUACAAGAGGCAGAAGUCCUCAUAGUGUGUGGUCUAAAGAGCACCGAUGUCUUUUUGGGCGAGUGGGCCACCUUCUCCUGCCAGCUGUCUCGCGGUGUGAGGCCCGGGGAGGUGCAGUGGUGGCUGGACGGGACCCUUCUCCAGGACAGCCCCUCCAGCGAGAUAGGGCUGAGCCAGGGCCACGUCCACACCCUCACCCUAAAGGACCUGGCCCCGGAUGCCUCGGGCACCGUCACGUUCAAAGCCUGCAGCCUGGUGUCCUACGCCAAGCUCUUAGUUAAAGACCCCAUAGUAGAGGUGGUGAGCGAGAUGCAGGACCUGCGGGUGGCUGAGGACAAGCCGGCUGAGUUCAUCUGCCAGUACUCCCGGCCGGUCCAGGCCCAGUGGAAGAGAGAUGGUCGGCCAUUGCAGCCUGACGGCCAGAGGGUGGUAGUGGAGCAGGACUGGACCGUGGCUCGCUUGUACAUUAGACACGUGUCCACUGAGGACAGGGGGAGAUACUCCUGUGAGGCAGAGGGGACCUGUGUGGUUGCCUUACUGGAGGUGGAAGCCAAACCCAUUGAAAUCCUACAGGGCUUGGAGAACAUGGACACCAUUGACGGCGGGGAGGCCCUAUUCGAGUGCUCUAUCUCUCGUUGCGAGAUCAAAGACUGCCACUGGCUGAUUGGGGGCAAGCCGGUGAAGGAGUCGCCCACCACGGAGAUCGUGUCCUUCGAAAAUGGACGCCGCCACCUCUUGCUGCUCAAGGAUCUGCACGUUGGAGACAGCUGCAAAGUUACUUUCCAAGCCGGCACCGCAACAACCUCCGCCAUGCUCAACGUCAAAGGCUGGCAGCUGGAUGUGGUGAGUGGUCUGGAGGAUAAGGUAGCUGUGGUGGGAGAGACUCUAGAGUUCAGCUGCAUGCUGACUGAGCCUGUGCCUGAGGCGGAGGUAGCCUGGUACUCUAACGGAGCCGAGCUAAAGGCUGAUGACACCUGGGGCAUGAGGGCUGACGGCUGCUCCUACCACCUGGUGCUUAGACAGGCACCAGCCAUGCCACCACAGGAGAUCACCUUCGCUGCCAGGGACGCCAUCUCCAUGGCCAAGCUCACCAUCAUCACUGUUCCUGACCCCCCGGAGGACCCAGAGCUGGUCAGUAAGAGUAAGCAGGCGGUGACCCUGUCUUGGUUCACACCCCUCAGCGACGGAGGCAGCCCUAUUUUGGGCUACAGGGUGGAGAUGAGGCUGGCGGACAGUGUCCUCUGGCUGCCAUGCCAUGCAGAGCCUGUGUGUAACACAGAGUUCUCUGUGGAUAACCUCAUCCCAGGGAGCGGCUACAGGUUCAGGGUGGCAGCCAUCAACAGAGCUGGGACAGGAGAACCUGUCCAGCUGCCUCAGAGCGUUCAGCUGGAGGCUCCAGUGACAGUGACCCAACAGUUGGCCUGUCCAGACCUGCAGGAGGGUAAGAUGGCCCGUGUGGCGUGUGACCUCUCUGCUGAGGGCAGCUCGGUCACCUGGCUCAAAGACAACAAGGAGCUGGAGUAUGGGGUCAAAUACCAGGUCACCACAGAGGGCAAGACACAAGUGCUGCUGAUCAAAGACUUUGUGUCUGCUGACCAGGGUGUGUACACCUGUGUGGCCUCAGACGAGGCAGAAAGCUCCCUUAAUCUCAACCUACCAAAAGGUGGAGAUGGGGUUCAGUUGGAGGAGGGGGCCCAGCCCAGCCUGCCUCCUGAGGCUGCCUCCGAGGGUGACGUCCAUGCACUGUGGGAGGACCUGGCCAAGAAACGCCGCAUGAGCCGAGAGCCCACCCUGGACUCCAUCUCUGAGCUGCCUGAUGAGGAGGACAAGGAGCCCAAGACACCCAAGGGACCAGUCAAGGAGAAGAAAGCCCCGGAGAAGGAGAAGGUGGGGGUGAAAGCCCUGGAGAAUGAGAAAGUGGAUGUGAAAGCCCCGGAGAAACAAAAGGUGAAAGAAAAGGAAAAGGUUGUAGAGCAUGUCAUCGUCCCUAAGAAGAAGGUGUUGGAGCCAAACUUGUACACCAGCUCUGAGGACGAAUCCAGGCCUCCAACACUGGUUUCCUACCUGAAGAAGAGCAGCAAGUCCUCCGUCUCUGUGUGUGACCAGACAGAUUCCAUCUCCACUGAGAAGUUCUACACACAGUUCAAGUUGAAAGAGGCGACCACAGUCCAACAGACUUCAGUCCAACAGACCUCAUCUUCAGUACAGCAGAUCACAGCACAGACCACGGACAUCACGGAGGUCGUUGAUAAGGAGGACGAAGAAAUGGGGCUGCUGGAUGCUGCUGUAAAGAUCCAGGCUGCCUUCAAGGGGUACAAAGCCCGCAAGGACAUGCGUCCAGUCUUCAAGGACGUCUUCAAGGACCAGACCAAGGAACCCAAUGGCACCAUCCACCUGGAGUGUGUGGCGGAGGGCAAGCCAGAGAAAGUGCGCUGGCUGAAGGAUGGCGAGCACCUGGCGGACGGCAAGCACCACCACAUUGACAUCUACAACGAUGGCACCUGCUCUCUUGUCAUCACCGCCAUAACCACCAAGGACACGGGUGUCUACACCUGUGAGGUCACCAACAAGUUCGGGGUGACCACCCACAGCGGCAAGGUGACGGUGGGCUCGGCGCGGGAGGCAUCUGGAAGGAGGCCCCUGACCAUGGGCUACAGUGCCGACAGCGAGGCGGAGAGCUCGUCGGCAGAAAGCGAGAUGGACGAGUCUCUGAGGCAGGCUAGCAAACGUCUUCGCCGCCUCCUCCGCACACGCCUGCCGGCCACGUCGGAGGAGGAGUCGUUCGUCAGCUGUGAUGAUGAGGCUGAGCUGCAGGCCCCCGACCCCAAAUCGUACCGCGAGGACGAGCGAUACAUCUACAUCCGCUUUGACAAGCGGUCUGAGGCCCAGGUGGCAUCUCAGCGCUUCAAGGAGAUGUUCACAGCCCAGGGGGUCCCUGUGGAGACCACCAUCCAGGAGGCUGGACCUCUCAAAGUGGAGCUGCGCAUCAUGAAGAUGGGAUACACUCAAGAUGGCUCUGCAACACCCACACAGGAGAAGCAGCUGCCUGUGUUCAUGACAGGAGCCCCCGCGGCCCCAGUCUUCCUGACUGAACUCCAGAGCCAGGACGUGCCAGACGGUUACCCGGUCAGCUUUGACUGCGUGGUGAUUGGGAAGCCUCCACCCAGUGUGCGUUGGUUCAAGGAUGGUAAGCUGCUGGAGGAGAACGACCACUACAUGAUCAACGAGGACCAGGAGGGCUGCCACCAGCUCAUCAUCACCACCGUGCUGCCCUCUGACAUGGGCGUCUACCGCUGUAUGGCUGAGAACACCAGCGGCAUCGCUGCCACCAAGGCUGAGCUCAGGGUCGACAUGUCUUGCAGCUCAGACUACGAUACUGCAGCUGAUGCCACUGAGACCGGCUCCUAUAUCAGUGCCAAGGGCUACAUGUCUAGGGAAACGGAAGCCUUUGAGUCUGUGGUAGAGGAUGAGCAGAUGCCACAAGUACUGGAUGAGCUCCAUGAUGUGCACGUCAGCCCAGGCUCACCCAUCGCUAAGAUGCAGCUGAAAGUCAAAGGGUUCCCUAGUCCAAGGGUGUACUGGUUCAAGGACGGCCACCCACUGCGUUCCUCAGACAGGAUCCUGCUGCUGGACAAGCGAGAUACCCACAGCCUGGAAGUCCUGGAGGUGAAGAGGGAGGACACAGGAGAGUACUCUGCCUACAUCAGCAACGCUGCUGGAACAGCAUACUCCUCUGCUAGGCUGCUGGUUCUGGGUCCAGGAGAGCUCAUGCCUGUAGAGAAGCACGAUCCCAAGGUGCCUCUGGUGCCACCCCGCUUCCUGGAGAGGUUCAGCAACAGGAAGGUGAAACAGGGAGCCAGCGUCACCAUGUCUGUCAGAGUGGAAGGUUCUCCCACCCCAAUGGUGACGUGGUUGAAAGAGGAGUCUGCUGAGGACGUGUUGUGGAUCAAGCCAGACACUAAGGGCUACAAGGUGGCCAGCUCAGGGCGCCAACACAGUCUCAUCCUGAUGGAUGUGGGCUCUAAGCAUGCAGGCACAUACACCUGCAUCGCCACCAACAGGGCCGGACAGUCCAUUUGCACUGCCCAAUUUGAAGUGGAGGAUGCACCACGACCAAAGGAAGAGACCACAAUCCCUCUGGGGAUUACUAUCAGCCCUCCAGACGAAGAUGUUGGCAGAGGAAAAAUGCAGUAUCUAGGUGAAGUUGGAACAGAAGAGUUCCUUAUGAAGCUCACCUCCCAGAUCACGGAAAUGGUAUCUGCCAAGAUCAGCCAAGCCUCACUACGUGUCCCGGGAGGCGAUAGUGACGACGAGACCAAGACACCCUCCGCCUCACCACACCACGGUCGCUCUCGCCCCGGCUCCAUUCUCGCUGACUCCUCCUCGGAGUCUGACGACCCUGAUGCCAGGGGAGAGAUGUUUGACAUCUAUGUGGCUACGGCUGACUACAACCCCACCAUCCCCAACAAAGAUACCAUUUCCCUGAAGGAGGGCCAGUAUGUUGAGGUUCUGGACUCGGCACAUCCACUCAAAUGGCUGGUCCGGACCAAACCCACAAAAACCACUCCAUCCCGACAAGGCUGGGUCUCACCUGCCUACCUGGAUAAAAAACUCAAGCUGUCUGAUGUUGCUGGUGACAUCACAGAGGGAGGUGGAGAAGAGGUCUCAGAAGGAGAGUACAAGAAGAGACUACUCCAACUGAUUCAAGACAUGAUCAACAGCGAGGCAGAGUUUGUCAAAGAGAUGGACUUCUUCACCUCCCACCACAUCAAGCAAGUGGAGAGCCCUGACACCCCAUCUGACAUCACCAGCCAGAAGGAGGCCAUAUUCAGGAACAUCAACGAGAUCAAGGCCUUCCAUAGCCAGUCCAUGCUCCCUAAGUUGAGCCACUGCGACACUGAUGACGACGUGGCCAUGCGCUUCCUGAGGAGUGGCGAGGGCUUUGAGAAGUACCUCCAGUACCUCGUAGGCCAGCAAAAGGCAGAGGCAGCUAUCAGUGACAAGACCGUACACCACUUCUUCAAGGAAUACACAGACAAAGAACAGGCCAGUGCCGACCCUGCUCAAGGUCCUGUACUGAGCAUCAACGCCUACCUACAGAAACCUCUGGACAGAAUCCAGAAGUACAAGGCCUUGCUCAAGGAGCUGAUCAGGAACAAGGCCAGGAACGGUCAGAACUGCUGCCUGCUGGAGGAGGCCUAUGCCAUGGUUUCAUCCCUGCCUCAGCGUUCAGAGAACACACACCACGUCUCCAUGAUAGAGAACUAUCCUGCCACUCUGGAUGUAUUGGGGGAGCCCAUCAGACAGGGACCCUUCAUGGUGUGGGAGGGUGCACCUGGGGUAAGGUCCUCCUCCAGAGGUCACCAUCGACAUGCGUUCCUCUUCAAAAACUAUGUCAUCAUCUGCAAAUCCAAGAGAGACACCAACACAGACACCCAGGGCUACGUCUUUAAGAACAUGAUGAAGCUGAACAACAUAGAUGUGAAUGAGACAGUGGAGGGUGAUGACCGGGCCUUUGAGAUCUGGCACGAGCGUGAGGACUCUGUCAGGAAGUACACGCUUCAGGCUCGCACCGUCAUCAUCAAGAACUCCUGGCUGCGAGACCUCAGGGAACUGCAGCAGCGCUACACCAUGCCUGCCUGGAGUAUGCCUGACUUUGAUGAGCUUCUGGCUGACUGCACAGCGGAGCUGAGACAGACGGUGAAACUGGCCUGCAAGGUUACUGGAGUACCCAAACCUGUGGUCACCUGGUACAAGGACGGGCGGGCAGUGGAGGCCGACCCUCACCACAUCAUCAUCGAGGAUCCUGACGGUUCCUGCACCCUGAUCCUGGACAACAUGACGGCUGAUGACUCUGGACAGUACAUGUGCUUUGCCACUAGCACAGCAGGCAACGCCAGCACCCUGGGAAAGAUCACUGUCCAAGUGCCUCCUCGUUUCGUGAACAAGAUGAGGAAUGCUGUCUUAAUCGUUGGUGAGGAUGCUCAGUUUUCCUGCACCAUCCAGAGCGCCCCCAGCCCCAAGAUCAGAUGGUUCAAGGAGGGCAGGCUGCUGACUGACCAGGAGAAGUAUCAGACCUACACUGAGUCCCGUAGUGGAGUCCUGGUGCUGGUCAUUAAAGGCCCUACGGAGAGAGACCUGGGACACUACGAGUGUGAGUUGUCUAACCGACUGGGCAGUGCUAAAUGUGCAGUUGAUCUGUGCCUUCCUUCUGCUGUGGCUAGAAGAGGAGAGCAGGCGAUCACCAUCGAAGUCACUGAGCAGGAGACUAAAACACCAAAGAAAACCAUCAUCAUAGAGGAGACCAUAACUACGGUGGUGAAGAACACCCGAAUGAAGCGUCGUGGCAUGUCUCCAUCUGGGUUCAACCUCUCCGAAACCAACACCCCAGAUCUCCCCACCACCCCCACCGGCACGGCCAGGCAGAGAAGGCAGGUUUCUGCCAGCAGGAAGACCACCAUCCCCACCCUGUACGUCACGGAGCCCGAGGGGGGUGCUGGGGCCCGGGCCGCAGAGAACAGGUGGGUGGAGGUAGAGGAAAUCAUUGAGUACAAGGUGAACAAGUCGCCCAGGCUAUCCAGGAGAAGAGGGGUCUCCCCAGCUGGAUCGGAGCGAGCGAACACCCCCUCCUUCACCCGGCCACGGAGGUCCCCGAACCCCAACACCAACAAUUCCAACAACAAGCUGGUAGAGCUGCAGAACUGCUCCGAGCUGGAGGGGGCUCAUCCUAUAGCCUGGGAUGAUGAUGAUGAGGAGGAUGAGAACAUGGCUGGGUCCGAGGUUGCCCCUGGACUCAGUGGAGAGGCCUGCGAGGUCUCCGCUGUUCUAAUCCCUAACGACCAUGAACAUGAUGAGGCCUGGCUAGAGGAGCAGAAAGAGGCCUUUGUCACAGAACCGGAUGAUGAUGAUGAUGAUAACAUGGAACCUCCCAGGAAGCUGGAGCCUAAGACCCUGACCCAGGCCGGUCGCGUUCUCACCCUGGAGGACUUGGAGGACUAUGUUCCCAGGGAGGGGGAGACCUACAGCUCCUCCAACACCAGGCCCUCCCCUGCCGAGAGACCCUGUGAGGUCUCUGUGCUUCAGAGGGAGAUUGGGGGCUCUGUCGUGGGCCAGCCAGUGCUGCUCAAUGUGGGGAGGCCUGUGGUGGUGCCCAGGGGGAGGCGCAGCCCUGGCUUCUUCAGCCGAUUUAGAGAGUACCUCUCAGGCAGCAUGUUCUCCCUGGCUGCCCCCCACCACCACCACCACCCCAGCGGAGACCAGUCUAGAAGGGAGAGAGUGAUUCCCAUCCAGGUCAGCCACGCCAAGCAAGAGGUCAAGCCUGCAUACUGCUCUGAGGUGCAGAGAGUGGAGGGAGGGCAGCAGAGAUACAAAACCAAAGUCUACACGUCAGUGGGCAAGCCAGUCACUCUUCAGAUUAGCCAGAACCCAUAUCAAAACCAAUAACCUAGUGUGUGAAAAUCAGUUGCUUGAUCAGAACCAAGCUGAUUUUUGUUAAUUGGUGAUACGUACAAUAGCCGUUUUAGUCUUAAAUGGGAACAUUACUACUUAAGUGUUAAAAAGCAUAUUCUAACCUUGCAUUUUCUUGCAAAUGGGAGGAUCAUUCCAUUUUGAAGCAACCCAUCUGAAAGUCAAAUGCAGACACAGGAAGUCAGUUGUUUUGGUCAGACAAAGUCGUUUUUAAAGGACAAAACAUCAAAAGGGGGUUGGAUAUGUUGUUUAGGCUAAAUGAUUUCCGAACGCCAUUGUAAACUAUCCAGGCUUCAAUUUAUUGUUGCCUUGCUUGCCACAUAUUUGAUUAUUUGAUGUACAGAGAAAUAUAGAAUAAUUGCAAGUCUUGCAACAUGGACUGACACCAUUUGAAAGUUUUAAAAAUCCAUCUGCUUUACCCUCAGGUGACAGCUGUUUUGAAUGUCAACAUCUUGAUGUUAAACUUCUGUUCUGUAGGAGAACAUCAGUACAGUACUAUAUUUCUCUCUGUGUGUUGUCUCUGAAGUUUAAUGAACAACGAAUAUCCACAUUGACUUGUAGCAUAUCAGUUUGUAAAUAGGCUAACUAUCUCCUGUGAAAGGAAAAAAAUGUGUCUCGACAGUAACUUACCAAACCAAUGAUUUCAGCAACGAAAUUGCUAGAAGUACAAAAGAAGUCUAAAAGAGCAUUGAUUACAGACGUUGCUGGAUUGUGUGAAACAUUGACGAUGUUCUUUCAAAUGCAGCCACAGUCUGAUUGAGAAUACCAGAUUAAAGACUGAUACAUGGAUCAUUGAGUUGUACUUCAGAUUGGGCUGUCCUGUCCCAUGGAGAAGUCUAGAAUUUUCUAAGCGUUUCUAGAUGGGCAGUUACAUGUUGUGCAGUGCUGAUGCUUUUACAUUAACUGUAUAUCACUCACUUGUGGUGUGGACUGUGGAAUGAUGUAGGUCUAUGAUUGUGUUAUACAGGUCUCGUAUAAAGGGUCUCUGUUUACUUUAGGUCAUAUACAUCCAAAACAUAGACCUAUAUAGGAUAUUUCAUUUUGAACUGGGUCAUUUGUUUUAUAGAAAGGCACUUCAUUAUCAGUUUAUUGAGAGCAUUAAAGAGUAGAUUGACCUCAGAUAAUUAAGUAUUUGUGAUUACUUUAAGGUCAAAUGUAAUUAAUUAUAUUUAGAAAAGUGGCAGCAUGUUAUGUAUUAGCUUUUUGAAAGCUGAUUUGCGUGUUUAUCUGAUUGACAUAAUUUAAUUAACACAAUGAGUCCCACUGUAACGCCGGCGCGUUUUGGACUUCUGGGUAGAACCAUUGGAUUUGUCUUUCUUCUGCAUCCGUAGAUACCAACCAUUAGUCUGUGUAAUUAACGGGGGCUGAGCUAGAGCUGUGUUUGUGAGACAAGGGCGGAUCCCAAUGGGGCCCUGGGCUGGGUCUUUUUACAAAAACCUAUGUAGUCUGAAUGAUUUGAGCUACAAACUAUUCAAAGAUAUUUAUGAAAAGGUGAGACUCUCACGAACACAUGCAUGGAACUAUGACGCUCAACACCUACACAAGAGUCAUUAGAAGGUAAGGGGUUGUUCUACAUAGAAGAUCAUAGGAAAUCCCAGGACAUAGUGUCUAUAAUAAGCUCACAUAGUGGCUCUCACAAAAUCUAAACAGUUGUCAUUUCCCAGUGAGCAUACAAUUUCUGUACUUACAGCAUUCAUAUCAAUUCAUUUGAUCAGGAUUUUGCUUUGGCAGAUUACAUUUUUUUUUUAUUGACAUUUGUCAAUAAAACUCAUGAAUGCAACUGUUUUAUGUCAAAUAGUUUUGUUCUACUUGUAGCCCUGGUUGUCCUGAAAAGAACACUCCCUUGAGGCUAAAUAUCAGGGCUGGACAUGCCCUUAUAAUAAAUUAAAGUCAGAUACAUUAAAAGAUGAUUUUUGCUGGGGUCGCGGGACUGAUAGGGUUAAUAUGAAUCUUGUCACAUUCAGUUCAGGUGGGAGUUACAUAGUUAGUAGUGAGCCAUUGUACACUGGAUUUAUUCACUUUGUUGCAAUAUAUUGUUUUAAAAAGUUAAUUACCACUUUCCAAACUAAGAGUGAUGUUUUGUUUUUAUGUUAUUUUAAACGUCUUGUAAAAGCAUUGAAUGUUUACCUUUGUAAGAAAUUCAACAUAAAUCACAUAGGUUUUGACUGCCUGCACAUGUUUAGUUAAGAGAAUGAAUAGUUAAUGGAUUUUUGGGAGGGUACUCCCAAGUGUUUAAUACACCAAAACAAUUAAAUUGCAACUGAUGAACUGAUCAGCCUGUUGUUUUAUUCACUCUUGGUGAAUGUGUGGGUUGGUUGGUAAUGCAAUCACCGAAUGUAAAUGCUUGUGCUUUGUCUUCCUCUCGUCUAUCCUCUUCAAUUACAUUGAAUCUUUCACAUAUAAAAGUCUAGGCCUAAGAAAUACUAGUCAGAAUUGGGAGUCAACAAUGGUAGCUCUAACCAUUUAUAUAUUUCAGGUAAGGUGCUUGGACUUCAACCAUACUGGUCAGCAAAUCACUGGCCGUUUUCAGUCAAGUUAACAGGAUCACUAUGCUUAAAAAAAUAAAAAGAUAUCCAGGCAAAACAUUUUUAUUAAUUUACUUGACUACACUUGUAAAAUACAUCAAAUGUUACUAGAAAUACAUAUUAAAUAAGGACUCGUUGAAGGCUGGGUAAAUUGUCAAUAUUUGGCCAAAGAUGACACAUUCAAAGCAGUGGUAUAACAUUUGCACCAUUAAAAAGCUGUUCAGAGUGAAAAAGUUA